AUUUCCGCCACCGUCAUCUCUGCCGACGCCAACGAGGCCUCUGCCAACGACUCCCAGCCAUGGCUCUACCAAUGGUGGCUCCAGUAUUCCCUGCAGGGAGGGAGCCUCUUCCCCCAGGCAUAUCGGAGGAGGAACGACAACAGAUGGAACAGAUGAAGAAAUGGCAGAACGUCAUGACCUCCGGCAUGGAGUCCUGCGUGGUCAAAACCGCGAUCGCGGGCGGCGGUGGGUUUGCGCUGGGCGGGUUGUUCUCGCUCAUGCAGGCGUCGUUCGCGUACGAAGAUCCUAUCCUGAGGCAGCAAGCGCAAGCAGGGUGGAGUCAGAAGCAGAAGGCGGCGGAGGUGUUCAAGGAGAUGGGAAGGAAUAUGUGGAGGAGCGGAAAGGGUUUUGGUAAGGUGGGUGCGCUAUUUGCGGGCAUCGAGUGUGUGAUCGAAUCGUAUCGCGCUAGAAACGACAUGGUCAACCCUGUUGCAGCGGGGUUCGUGGCGGGAGGCAUUCUUGCGCGAAAUUCAGGGCCGAAGGCCGUUCUUGGAGGUGGGCUGGCGUUUGCGGCUUUCUCAGCAGCUAUAGAUCUGUUCCUGAGAAGGGAGACACCUGAGGAGGACUAGACUUCAAUUUUGCACUUAAUUUAUCACCGUAUAUUGAUUACAUGGUCUCAUACCGUCUAAUUGCAACACCCAUCUCUUUUGGACUUCUGGACGUCUGAAGGACUUC